AUGAGGGUUCAAAAUGAACUGAAUGGCCAGGAUGGCUUAAGCCAUCUCAAACGUCCAGGGACACGUGGCGGGCCUCGCCUGCCUGUCCUGGGACACAUUACGGGACACGCCCACCUGUCCCGUGACACUUGGCAGGCCUCGCCCGCUUGUCCUGGAAAACGUAGCGGGCCUCGCCUGCCUGUUCCGGGACACUUGGCACGCCAUGCCUGCCCGUCCCGGGACGUGUGGCGUGCCCCGCUCGCCUGUCCCAGAAUGCGUGACUGGCCCCGCCCGCCUGUCCCGGGACUGGCCUCGUGGCGGGCCCCGCCAGCCCGUCCUGGGAAGCGUGGCAGGCCCCGCCCGCCUGUCCUGGGAUGCGAGGCGGGCCUCACCUGCCCGUCAGGGGACAUGUGGCAGGCCUCGCCCACCCCUCCCGGGACACUUGGAGGGCCACGCCUGCCUGUCCCGGGACUUGUGGUGGGCCCUGCCCGCCCGUCCCUGGACGCGUGGCGGGCCCUGCCCACCCGUCCCGUGACACGUGGCAGGCCUAACCCGCCCGUCCUGGGACACAUAGCGGGGCUCGCCCGCCCGUCCCGGGACACAUGGCUGCCCACGCUCGCACUUCCUUGGAUGCGUGGCUGA